AUGACCUCGACAACGACUACAGACCCAGAGUCGCAACUGUUGCAGCCGUCGCAACCCACAACAUGCUGCCCAGUCGAGGCAGCACCAACUCACGAGUUCGAGAUACAGAACCGAGCACUUAACCGCAAGAUAGACAUCGCCCUUCUGCCUCUGCUAUCGCUCCUCUAUCUGUUCAAUGGCCUGGAUCGCGGCAAUGUUGGCAAUGCCGAAACCCAAGGCUUCACCAGUGACAUUGGCGCUCAGCCAGAGGACCUGAAUGAAGCAGUCUCCCUGUUCUUCGUGACUUUUGUCCUUCUCCAACCAGUAUCUGCCGCAGUGGGGCGAUACAUCGGGGCGCGACACUGGAUACCGAUUAUGAUGUUCUCCUGGGGCGUCGUGACCAUCGGCCAGGCUUUUAUCAAAGGACGUGGGGCACUCAUCACCACGCGAUUGCUCAUCGGCGUCUUCGAGGCCGGCUUCUACCCAACUUCAGUCGCAUACCUGUCCUCCUUCUACACCAGAUUCGACCUUGGCGUCAGGCUCGCCCUCUUCUACGGACAAUAUGCCAUCGCGGGCGCUUUUUCCGGCUCAAUCGCCUACGGCGUCUUCCACCUCCGCGGCGGCCCUCUCAAAAACUGGCAGUACCUUUUCAUAAUCGAAGGUACCCUCACAUGCUUCUUCGCCCUCGUAGCCUGGCUCUGGCUGCCCAGCGGACCCGGGACGGCCUGGUUUCUCAGCCCCGACGAGCGCCUCCUCGCUAUGGAGCGGAUAAAACAGGACACGGCGGCUUUCGUCAGGCACGACUAUGGCGAGGACGGUAUGGAGAUGGAUCGGUUAAGCAAGAGGGAUGUCGUCGAGACGGUCAAGGACUGGAAACUAUGGUCUGUCCUUGUGCUCAACAUUUGCGCCAGCGUCCCUAGUGGCGCUUUUCCGGUGUUUCUGCCUUUGGUGCUUCAGGGGCUAGGAUAUGAGUCCAUCCUGGCCAAUUUGAUGACGGUUCCCCCGUUCGUUUGCGGCGCCAUCGGCCUCUACAUCUUCGCCUUCAGCUCCGACCACCGCAAGGAGCGCGGCUAUCAUAUAAUGGGCGGCGUGCUGGUGGCCAUCACGGGCCUCGUGCUGACCGUCACCGUCCCCUCUUGCACCGGCAAAUACAUUGCGCUAUGUCUCCUGCUCUCGGGCAUCUACGUCUCAGCGCCGCUCACGAUCGCCUGGCUGAGCGGCAACACGCCCGAGCCGGGCAAGCGGUCGCUAGUCCUGGGCGUCAACGGCUUCGGUAACCUGGGCGGCGUCAUCGGUGCGCAGCUGUAUCGACCGAAGUUUUCGCCAGACUAUCACGUUCCGUUUUAUACAACCAUCGGCUUCCUCGUCGUCGCCUUUAUUGGCUAUCUGUCGUAUCGCUUCAUGCUAGCGGCCGACAACAAGAGGAAGCGGAUCUUACUGGCCACGAUGACAGAUGCCGAGGUGGAAAAUGAGAGGUUGAAUGACCGGAGAUAUGCAGAUAAGAAGUUGACAUUCAUGUAUGGGCUGUAA